AUGUCAGACCAGAUCCAACAAUGCUUCCAACUACCAGGAACGACAACUCCCAAUAGUCUUCUCCCGGAAGUUCCUCCCCCCGGUUCCUGUGCAAUGCGACUUCAAGGGCUAGAGAACAUGUCGAAACUACAAAAGACAGAGCUGGUGGACUCAAUUUCGACCGACAUUCGGGCAUUAAUCUUGUGUCUACGUGAGCACAUCAACGCAGGAAACAUAGACAUCCAGCAUACGCGGUCAUUCGACAUUUUAAUCAAUCUAAUCCAACAGACAGAUCUUACGCACCAGAGGAUGUUGGUACGAAAGGUGCGGCGCUUGAGGAAAGAGAGACACCGCGUCCGCAAAGACCUUCGGCAAUUUUAUCGAAAUGUGGAUGAACUGGCGAGGAAGCAAAUGAGCCAGGUUCGGAAGCUGAAAGAAAGGCUGCAGGAUUCACGAAAGAAGAUGGCAAUUUUGCUGCGGGAGCUAGACUUUUUGCGUUUGAGCAGAGGAAAUCAGGACAAUGAGGAUCAGAAGAUCAAGGCAAAGACGGACAAGCUUGAGGGCCAUCUUUCUCCAGAGGAACUCCGAAUUUUCAAUCGUCAGGAGCUAUCGAUCGAUACUGAGGGAGGACAUGAAGAAGAGAUUGUCAAACAGAAGUGA